AUGUUUUCUCAUUUCAUUUCUUACUCCAAACUUGGGGUGCUACCUAGUAAUCCUUGCUCCCACUUUGUUCAUUAUCGCACCACCCCAUUUCCCUAUAUUCAUAUUCUUCUUUCAUUUUUUUCUGAUUCUUCAAUAGAUCAUUCCCCUCAUUCUCAUUCUUCAACAGAUACAAAUGAUGGGUUUAACAAAAUGGGUUUUAGAAAUGAUCACUGUCUGGUAAAUUUUGAAUCUGAUGAAGGAGGCGGACAUGGUAACUCUUCAUUUACUAAUAGGAAUGAAGGCACACAAUGGGUCGAGGAUACCAGCAAAAUUGAGAUACACGAAGAUGAAUUUCGACAUCCUUUGGUCAGAGAAAUUUGUAGGUUGAUUGAACGCAGGUCCGCUUGGAACCCUAAGCUUGAAGGGAAAAUGAGGCACUUGCUUAGAGGCCUUAAGCCUCGACUUGUUUCUGCUGUUUUGCUGUCUCAAGCUGAUGAAAGGCUUGCUUUGGAUUUCUUCUAUUGGGCCGAUAGGCAGUGGCGGUAUCGCCAUCAUCCAAUUGUGUACUAUGUGAUGCUUCAAGUUCUUAGUAAAACUAAACUGUGUCAAGGUGCUAGGAGGGUUCUUCGGCUCAUGGCACGUAGGGGAAUUCAGCGUCGGCCUCGAGAUUUUUGUUAUGUGAUGGUGUCAUAUAGUCGCGCUGGUAAGUUGAGGAAUGCAAUGCAGGUCUUGACCAUGAUGCAGAAAGCAGGUGUUGAACCUAAUUUGUUGGUUUGUAACACUGCUAUUCAUGUUUUGGUGAUGGCAAAUAGGUUGGAAAAAGCUUUGAGAUUUCUAGAAAGAAUGCAACUUAUUGGAAUCAUGCCAAAUGUUGUCACCUAUAACUGUUUGAUCAAGGGAUAUUGUGAUCUUCAUAGGGUUCAAGAAGCCAUGGAGCUAAUUUCUGAAAUUCCAUUGAAAGGCUGUUCCCCAGAUAAAGUUAGUUACUAUACUGUAAUGGGGUUUCUUUGCAAGGACAGAAGGAUCAAAGAAGUGAGGGACUUAAUUAAGAAAAUGGAGGAUAAUAAUUUGUUAGCAGAUCAAGUUACUUAUAAUACUUUAAUACAUAUGCUUUCUAAGCAUCGGCACGCAGAUGAGGCACUUCAGUUUUUAAGAGAAGCACAAAAAAGGGGAUUUCAGGUUGAUAAGGUUGGGUACAGUGCAAUAGUUGAUUCAUAUUGUAAGGGACGAAGGAUGGACCAGGCGAAAGAAAUUGUGAAUGAAAUGUUCACAAUGGGCUGCAUCCCUGAUGUUGUAACUUACACAGCUGUUGUGAAUGGAUUUUGUCAGGUUGGGGAGGUUGACCAAGCUAGGAAGAUGCUUCAGCAAAUGUACAAGCAUGGCUGCAAGCCAAACACUGUCUCGUAUACAGCCCUCUUAAAAGGGCUUUGUCAAAUGGGGAACUCUUCAGAGGCAAGGGAGAUGAUGAAGGCAAGCGAAGAACAUUGGUGGACCCCAAAUGCUAUUACCUAUAGUGUUGUGAUGCAUGGGUUUCGGAGGGAGGGAAAGCUUUCUGAUGCUUGUGAUGUGGUGAGGGAGAUGAUUGGCAAAGGCUUUUCCCCAACUCCAGUUGAAAUUAACUUACUAAUUCAGUCUCUUUGCCAGAAGGACAGAUUGGACGAGGCAAAAAAGUUUUUGGAAGAAUGCAUUAACAUGGGGUGUGCUGUCAACGUUGUAAACUUUACUACUGUAAUUCAUGGAUUUUGUCUCAAGGGUGAUGCAGAAGCAGCUCUGUCAUUGCUUGAUGACAUGUACCUUAGCAACAAACACCCUGAUGCAGUCACUUAUACAACGAUAAUUGAUGCAUUAGGAAAGAAAGGUAGAAUAGAAGAGGCCACUAAGCUUACAUUGGAGAUGCUUAAGAAGGGGUUAGAUCCUACACCAGUAACAUAUAGAACAGUGAUCCAUCGAUACUGUCAAAUGGGUAGGGUGGAAGAUUUGUUAAAGUUAUUAGAUAAAAUGCUUUCCAGGCAUGACUGUAAAACCGCAUAUAAUCAAGUUAUCGAGAAGCUAUGUAGUUUUGGAAACCUAGAGGCAGCUGAUAAACUCGUAGGUAAGGUUUUGAGAACAGCCUCAAGAGUUGAUGCUAAUACAUGCCAUGUGCUAAUGGAGAGUUAUUUGAGAAAUGGGAUCCCUCUGCCAGCAUAUAAAGUGGCUUGUCGUAUGUUUAGUCGAAAUCUGAUUCCUGAUUUGAAGUUGUGUGAGAAGGUGGGCAAGAAACUGAUGCUGGAAGGAAAAUCAGAGGAAGCAGAUAACCUGUUACUGCGGUUUGUUGAGCGCGGCAAUAUUUCAUCUCAUUGUCUACAGAAUUCUUAA